AUGGCUCGGCCCUCCCUCGCAGAAGUGGGCCUUCUGCUCCUGCUCAUGCUGGCCUUGAUGUUCAGCGCUGAAGCCAGACAGAGGAAGUAUCUAAGAAGGCAGAAGAGAGAGUGGAUCAUGCCUCCGGCCAAGCUGAGGGAGAACACUGACUACAUGAACAGGGAGUUCAUUGCCAAGAUUCGUUCUGAUAAAAGCCUAACCGACCCGGUGGAGUAUUACCUCUCUGGAAAAGGAGCUGACAGGCCACCCUUCAACCUCUUUGUGGUGGAUCAAAAAACUGGCUUUGUAAAAAUCACUGGGGUUCUGGACCGGGAGAAAUGCCCAUCCUACCAUCUAACUGGAGUCGCUAAAUUCACAAAUGGGACCACAGCAGAAGCAGACAUCCCUCUGACUGUCAUAGUCGUGGACGAGAAUGACAACCCGCCUACAUUUGAGCUGUAUGCUGGCAACGUCUCGGAGUCGAGCAGCAAAGGAACCUUCAUUAUGCAGAUCUCAGCCAAAGAUAAGGACCAAGCUGGGACAAUCAAUUCAAAUAUCUCUUACAGCAUCGUCAGUCAGGAGCCAGCUGGCACGGGACACAUGUUCUAUAUCGACAAAUAUUCAGGAAAACUGUAUGUCAAAGAGCCCACACUGGACAGAGAGGAUGUAGACUUCUACAAACUAGUUAUUAAAGGGACUGAUAUGGCAGGGGCCAAAAAUGGACUAACAGGGACAGGAAAUGUGGAGGUCAAGGUCAUGGACAUCAAUGACAACAUCCCCACUCUGGAGAAAACUGAGUAUGCUGGCUCAGUGGAUGAAAAUGUUGCCGAUGUAAUUGUGAUGAAGAUCAAAGCUCUGGACGACGACCUUCAUCACACGGACAACUGGCUCACUGUCUUUAAAAUUGCCAAAGGAAAUGAGGAUAAUAUCUUCUCCAUUGAGACGGACAAAGAAACCAAUGAGGGCAUCCUGAAGCUUAUCAAGCCGUUGGAUUUUGAAGAAGUCCAGAAUCUUGAGCUUGGCCUGGAAAUUCUGAACGUUGCUCCUUUUGUGAAAGGCAAAGCUCUACUGAUGGACGUGGAAGUUCAGGUCGGAGAGGGUGGCGGGGCUGGGGCUGAUGGGGGAGCAGAUUUGGGGCUGGAUGUAGGGGUAGAUGUAGGGGUAGAUGCAGGGGCAGAUGUAGGGGUGGAUGUAGGGGUAGAUGUAGGGGUGGAUGCAGGACUUAAGCCUGGAGUGGGUGUUGGACUUAAACCAGGUGUAAAACCAGGUCCAGGGAAAAAGCCAAAGCCAAAGCCAGACGCACCUGCAAAAAGCUAUCCCAUUAAGAUAGCAGUGAACAAUGUGCCAGAGGGUCCGGCUUUUAUACCUGACACCAAGAAAGUUCCUGUAUCAGAAGAUCCAAAGGAUGCUCCUGAGGAUGGUGUCCUCACAGUGUUCGCGGCUGUCGAUCCCGACACGGGAAAAACUGCAGAGGACGUCAGUUAUGCCAAAGCCUAUGAUCCAGAUAACUGGUUUACCAUUGAUGAAGAAACCGCUGAGAUUAAACUCAUCAAGGCACCAGACCGAGAGUCACCCUUCUUGGUUAAUGGUACCUACAUUGCCAAGAUUCUGGCCAUAACAAAAGACAUGCCAGCGAAGACAGCCACAGGAACAAUAGCCAUUGAAGUCACUGACUCCAACGACCACUGUCCCACCCUGACCACCACCUACAACCAUCUGUGCACUGAUGUAAAAACUGUUUAUGUAACUGGCUUUGAUGAAGAUGUCAGCCCCAAUGGUGCUCCAUUCACAUUCAGAAUCAUAACUGAGGGGACGAAUGGCAAGUGGGAAGUAGAAGUCAUCAAUGACACAACUGCUGCUCUUCACACAAGUGAGGCGCUUUGGCCUGGACAAUAUGCGCUGCAGGUGGAGGUGUUGGAUGCUCAGGGCCUGUCCUGCCCAGAACACGAGGUUUUUACAGUGGAUGUUUGUACCUGUGGGGAGACAAAGCACUGUGCUCCAAAGUCAGCUCGACAAGCAAUCAUACCUCUUCUUCUGCUGUUCUGUCAGUGUGGAGGAGCGGACACUGUUUUCCCUGACCAAUUUAGUGAUCUGCCAUUUGACGUCAAAGAACAUCUCAUAUCCUACCACACCGAAGGCAAAGGCGAGGAUAAGAAAGCCGACUGUGCUGUACAAGUGAUGGACAGUCUGCUGGAGUACGAUUACGAGGGCUGUGGCUCCACUGCUGGCUCUGUGGGUUGCUGCAGCCUCCUGGAGUCUGACAACAACCUGCAGUUCCUUAAUGACCUUGGCCCAAAGUUCAAGACUCUGGCUGAGAUCUGUUCCCCUCCUACACCAACACCCAAACUGACAAGAAAACUCAGACAGUAA